AUGAAAACAUUCGAGAAUUUGAAAGAGUUUGGCCCGGCAGUCGUCUACAAAUGGCACAAAAGAUUCGAGAACGGCAGGAAAUCAAUUGAAGACGAUAGGAGAGAAGGUAUGCCUUCGAUAGUGGUUCCAAGUGUUCAAGAAAAAGUGAGGGGUAUCAUCCGGGAAGACAGACGAAAAACUUUGAGACAGAUUGCCAGUGAACUCGACAUAUCUCCUUCAACUGCGCACGGGAUCCUUACGAAAGAGCUAGGUAUGUCGAAAUUCAGUGCGGGCUGGGUCCCGAAGUUGCUAACAGACAAAGAAAAGCAGACGCGUGCAAGGAGUUCAGCUGCAUUCUUGGAACGGUACGCUGCAGGAGGUGACGAAUUCCUUGAUAGAAUAGUGACUACAGACGAAAUUUGGCUUCAUCACUAUAAUCCGGAGACGAAGGCCCAAUCGUCAGUAUGGAAAACUCCAAGAACACCGCCACCAAAGAAAGCUCGGGUGCAAAGAAGCUGCGGAAAAGAGAUGUUCAUUUUCUUCUUGGAUCGCUACGGGAUGAUCCUUCAGCACAGAGUCAAAGACGGAAGAACGGUGAAUGCUGACUAUUACGCAACGGGAUCUCGUCAAUGCUCUGAAGAGGAAACGGCCGGCUUUGGACCUGGAUCGGGUAAUCCUGCACCAUGGACCAAUUCUACACAGUUAGAGAUUGCUUUACUGGGAUUUGAACUCUUGGAACACCCACCCUACAGCCCUGACUUAGCGCCCAUGGAUUUCAGAACGUUUCCUGAGAUUAAGAAUUCCCUCCGUGGACAACGCUUCCAAGACGUUACUGAUUUGACAUUGGCAACCCGUCGAAAAGUUUCACAACUUGACACAGACUGGUACCGGGAGACAUUUACCAAGUGGAUUGCAAGACAUCGGAAAUGUGUAGCCUUGCACGGUGACUACGUAGAGAAAGUGCGCCGUUCAUUGGACCUGGAUUACGCGUGA